AUUGCCAUCAUGUACAAAGUGAAUGUUAAAUAUUGUAUAAUGAAUGGUUUUAACCUGAUUUAAACUAUUUCUCAGGUGUAAUGUUAAUUAAAUCAUUGACUUUCUCUGUGACAAUCGGUUGUAUCAUAUAAUGUAAUCAUUCAUUGUGUCGGCAGUUACGCAAAAUUGAAUCGAGAAGCUGUGUCGUAGCUAGAUUGUAUGUGUUGCGUUUCAAAAGGGCUGAAUUCCUAAAACCAUAAUUAUAUUUGUAUUUCAAAGCUCAUUAAGAUGAAAGUGCCUGUGAAUUUGUAUUGAGAUGGGCAUAAUUUUGACUCUGUAGUGGAGUACUGCAGCAUUGAUGUAGAUAGCAGCUAUGUUUUCCUGCUAUCUUCAAGUAAAUGCCUCUGAGGGCUCUUUGAGUUGAAUAAGUAUCAAGUGAUGGGUCCAGGAGAACAGUGUGGGAGAGAGACGUGGCCUUACGUUACUGACGUGAUUAGAGACGUGACCGUGCGAGCUGAGACAUCUCAUUGUCUGAGAGAUUUCCAGGAUGCCUGCAUUUUAAAAGAUUACAUAUUUCGCGAUGGAUGUAGUGGUUCAGGAUGACAUUGAUGACUUUUUUCAGUGACUUCUUUCUGUAUCCUGUAUGUAUUAAGCAAAACAUGGAUAAAAAUCCACAGAAAAUAAAAGUGAACUUUUCGUCCUCACUGUCAUUUGAUCAUAGAAUCUCUGAUGGUCAGCCAGCUUGGUCAAGAAGCAGUUCAGUGUCAUCUUGUUCGAAUGACUCCGCUGUAUAUUGCAGUAGCCGUCAUAUCCAAAGUUCUAAUAUACAUGUGGGAAAACGUGUAGGGAAUGAAUAUCAUUCCGACAUAUCGAAACGGACCAGGCAUUCAUCUGGAUCAUCUGUUUCGAGUAACAUGUCUUGUCUCAGUGAUAAAGAUGUGAAAAGAUGUUCUUUAACAAUAUCACCUAAAUUAUUAACAAAUAAUCCUAUAAGAAAUUUAGAAGUGAGGGACAGUGAUGCUUGUCUUUUGGCUUGUUCAGACAUUAAAUCUAAUAAUGUAAUUUCACAGAAGGAAAAAGUGUCCUGUUCUGGUAAUUCUGAUUCUGUAUUACCAUUGCGUCAUAAUCUCAGGAGAAAUAUCAGAAAGAAAACAUGUAGUUGUGAUUGCACUGCUACAUGUACAACUUUAGUUGUUAGACGUUAUAAAGAAAUUCGUCUAAAGAGAGUAAAAGAGGAAACAGUAAUUUCUAGUACAAAAGUAAAAACUUGUAUGCAGGAGAAUUCUUCAAAAGAAAUGCAUAACAUGACUUUUGGAAAAAAUGUAUCAUCAAAAUCGGAAAGUGGGAGAAAACGUAGAUCAGAAGUGGAAAAGUUAUACGAUUCUUUGCAUGAAAUCGAAUGGGCCAAAAACUUUUCUCCUGAUAAUAUUCUUAGACAAAUUAAUAUACGACAAGCUGCGUCUUGCUCUGCUUUUGGGAGAUCUCCUUCUAAGCCUAGCACUUCUAAACCUCACAGAAAAUCAAAAGGUAAUGUAAAAAGUAAACAAAAUAUAGCAAAUGAUAAAGUUCCUUCUGAAAAUUCUACUUCUGAAACUCCCAACCCUGACAGUAAUCAUAAAAAUGAAAUAAGCUCACCUGGUGUUCAUAUAACCCAUGCUAAAAGUGAUGCUGCUGUCACUGAUUCUUCUGUUUCUAAAAGUCAGCAAAAAACCAAAAAGUGUUUAUCCUCAAAUUUACGUCCGUCAGAGAAUGUGCUUACUGAUUCUGAUGGAACGAAAUCAUUUAUAAAAGAAAAUUUUGUGUCUCAUGUCAGUUCGCAAGAUGAUUCAAGUCCUAGUGAAAUUUCCUGUUCCAAGACAUCUGAAGCAAUCUGUGAUAAACUUGUAAAGACAACGAACAAAAUUGAAUGUCUUGAUGAUGCUCAGCUUUCUUGUGCAUCUGAUGACUCAGUCGUUUCAGGAAACACUAUGGAACUAAUUGCAAAAAAUUUCUUGGAUUUUGACUUCAAAUGUCAUUCUAGUUCGGGUAGUGUUUUGGACUAUUCUGUUACUCCUACAUUUUUUGAUAUAGCAGAAGAAGGAAUUAGGACUAUUGAUGCAUGCUUUCGAGAGGUAGGGGCUGAAGUGGUAGUUUCCACUUGCUAUGAUGAACAAUGUGGCUUGCCUCUUUUAACUUCUGUUAAAGAAAGUCAGAUACCAGAUAAAAGGUCAUUUUUAGAUGAGGGUCCACCUGUGUUAGAACCAUGCAUAGUCCUGCAAAAUGAGAAUCUUGCUGGAAGCAGUAAAGAAAAUGAAGGUAUUUUAAACCACACUCCUGAUAAUUAUUUGGAGCACAAACUUGGUAAAAUGUACAAUAAAACUGCAAAUAAUAAAAAUGGACUGCGUAAUGGAAGUAAAAAUUCAAACAUAUGUAAAAUUACUAGACAUACUGAAUUACUACAGCUGUGGAAAAAACUUCGGAGCAUUCAUUCAGCCAAUAAAUUUAUGAAUAAUCCUGUAAUAAUUUAUGCUGCAAAACGAAUUUUAAAUAAAUAUGUAAAAUAUUUGCGUUAUAGGGCAAAAUUACACCGCUUGCCAUCUUUUAAAACAUGCAGGUUCUCUGAGAAAAGUACAGAACAAAUUGACAAGUCAAAUUUUGUAUCUAUUAAUAGAACUUGUGAGAAAAGUACAGAAAAAUCCAAUGUAUUAAAUUCACUACCUGUAAAUAGAAUUUCUUGUGAAAAAAAUGUAGAACGUAAUGAUUCUGCUAUCAAUAGUAUUUCUAAUGAAAAAUGUACUGAGCAAAAAUUAAUUUCUUUUGUAAACAAAAGAACUCCUGAUGAAAAAAUUAUAGAGCCUUUAAAUAGUUUAAACUCUUCUGUUAAGAAAAAGGAAAUAACAGAGCUUGAAAAUACCAAUGAAAAAAAUGCACAGCAUGUAAAUACAUUAAAUUCAGCUUCCAUCAAUAGGACUUCUAGCAUCAUUAAAGAAGAAAUGUCACAUAAGAAUCAUGUUUCAAUAACAUCAUCUUUUAAAUCUCAGGAGUUAGAUGAAAGAAGUGUUCAUGAACCGAAGAAAAGUACAACUUUUUUAAAGACGUUCAAUGGGAAACUGGCACUUCAGAACUAUUCAGAUGGUAUGGUAUUUGACCGUUGUAAGAAUGGUUCUGUAUUAUUUCAUUCUGAAAAAGAACCCUGUAAACCAUUGCCUGGAACUUCUAAAACAGAAAGUGUGACAUCUUCGUCAACUUCGAAAAAUGCAGGAUGUAGUCUUCAGCAGAGAGAGCAUGCUGUGUCUCCUUCGUCGUAUAAAGCUGUGACUUCAUAUACAUCAAAAGUUGAAACAGAUGAAUGUACAAAACAUGAUGAAGAUGAGAGUGUUCCACGUCCAACAUCAUUUGGCUUUUCUUGUCAUUACAAAACAAUUCGAGUUAAUAGAAAUAACAGAUAUACACAGGUUGUGUUAAAGCUUACAAGAGGAAAAUCAAUUUUUCUUACACUGGAGGCAUUAAUAGAGCUAAGGGAUGUUAUAAAUCGAAUUGGAAAUGACAGUAACUGUCAAGUCCUUAUAUUAAAUGGUAUUGGUGAUUCUUUCUGUUUAGGCCUUGAUUUAAAACCUCUUGUAGGACCUCGUAAAAUUAAAGCAUCAACGGAGAUGGCUGUAGCUGUAAAGGAAUUAAUUGAAGCCUUAUCAGAUUUCAAAAAACCUUUAGUAGCCGUUGUGAAUGGCCCAGCUUAUGGGCUUGGACUGACAAUACUUAAUCAUGCGGAUGUGACUAUAGCCAGUCAUACUGCUACGUUUUGUAUGCCAUAUUCAUUUCUUGGCUACAUCCCCGAAGGUGGUGCAACUUUAACAUUACCUCAGGCAGUUGGUGCAACUGUAGCGAUGGAUUUGCUUUUGAGGGGUCGAAUAUUAACUGCUCAAGAAGCCCAUACUAUAGGAUUAAUAAAUCACGUUCUUGAAGCUAAACUUGUACCUGAAGAGCUGGUCUCAAAGGUUAAAGUGCUGGCCGAAAAUUCACUUUCUGCCUUGGAGACAACGAAAGCUUUGGUGAAAAUGCGUCUUCAUCUUGAAUUAAGUCAAGUUCUUGAAACAGAAGUACAGAUGCUUCCUCGUAUGUGGCUGUCUGCUGCUUGUCAGGAUGCUCUGCAAAAUGCAUUACGUACUGGAAUUCUGGCCGAAUGAUAAUCGUUCUUCCCACUUUUUUGCUGUAUGUGUACCUUAAUGUGAAUACAAAUCAGUAAAACUAUUUUAAAUUACCAAUUUUCUAUAAUUUUUAUACUUUUCCUCUGAAAUCUAUUCAAGAAACUUGAAUAUUGUGACAGUUUCAAAAAAUUACUGUCUAGAAUUAAAUUUGCAUUUUUAAAAUCUAGAAGAGGAUGAACUUUUAAAAUAAAAUUACGCUUUAUAUAGAGCAUUGUAUAAAGUUUAAUCACAUAAAUGAAAUAUAUUUUCCUAUUUAUUAAAUGAAGAAAUGUUAUGAAUAUUCCAAGAAUGAUUAUGCUGAUGCAGUUUUUGUUUCAGUUAUGCAGGCUUUCUGGGGAUUGGUUUGACUUCUGUAGAAAUUCACUUUCUAUGUAUAAUAACCUAAAUUUAGGAACAUAAAUAUAUUUCUUAAACUCAUUUGAGUAUUUUUUUUUUCUUCUAUAUUAAUGCUAAUUUUGAAUUCAGAAGUUUUCUGUGCUGUUACCUCAGUAAUUAUUGGGAAAGGAGAAUAUUACAUGCAACAUUCAUUUAUAAUCAUAAGAAGACCAUUUGUAUUGUAUAUAUUUUUGAUAAAAAGUUAAUCAUUGUACAUUGUGUUUUUGUAAAUGCCUGAUUAAAAGAAAUGGUAGACUACUAAACAGAUAAUGUUCUGUUCAUACACAUUUGUUUUUAUUUACAUCAUUUCUUUGUACAUAUGGUUCAUUUUUUUCAUAAUCUUAAUUCAGUUAAAUUUAUGAUCUUUCAAAAAAACCGACCUCUAUAUGCGUGGUUUUUAUGUAUAUCAUCUAAUCAUUUAUAUUUGCCUGUGUAAGACGUCAUUGGCUGAAGUUAAGGUAUAUAUCUAAGAAAUAUUGUAUGUAACAAUAUAUUUUAAAAAGUAACUAAUUCAUUAUAUUUAUCUAUAACAUAUAUGUAAAGUAAAAGGAUGUCUGUGAAGAUAGUUUUAUUAUUUUGACGAUUUGACAAUGAUCACAUGUGAGUAUCUAACGUCCAUUAUGUAGGCAAGAUUUUCUUAUAUGUAUUCGUAAUAUUGUCACAAAUAACUUUACUUGAAUAAUUUAAUUUUGGACUAGCUUUAAUAAAGAAAGAAUGGUUGCAAUAAUAGGUAAAAUUUUAAUAACAGUAUAAAAAAUACUUUUGUAGUUGCAUUAUUUGUGAAUAGCUUUUUCUUCAAAUACAUACAAGAGCUGACUGAGAAGUUUUAGGGCUGCUUCUGUUUAUUUUUUUUAAUAUUAGACCUGGCAAUCCAGAAUAUUAGUACAUUGAUGAGUUUGAAUCUGCAACUAGAUUUUGUGGCCUUUGAAUGUCUAGUCACAGCAAGUUAAAAUAGCUUGUAAAUUUUGUGAAAAUGUAGAAGAGCUGUGAAUAAAUUUUGUGUUGAAUUAGAAGAGAUUGCUAACAGAACACUUGAAAUGCUUCACUUUGCAUAUGGUGCUGAAAUAUUCAGCCAUGGUUGAGUAUUUCAAGGCAGUAAUACACAGGUAAUUGACAAAGCACAUUCUGUCAGAUUAUCCUCGUAGGUAAUAUAUGUCAACCCAAUGGGCCAACAGUUAUAACUAUUUAUAGAAGUAACAGGGUAUCUCUGAAGUCUUGAUCCAAUCUCAAAAUGCUGUAUUCACUUAAGAGGGAGAAAAUAUAAAUCUGUGUUAUAAAAUGAAAGAUAAUUCUGGUUGCAUUAAAUUUUUACCAAAGUGUUCAAUAUAACCUUUCUUGGCACAUAGCAGAUGUGAUAAAUACAUGGUUAAAUAUGGUAAUAAUAAACAAUGAGCAUUUUCAAUGCAGCAUUUAUUGAAGAAAAACAUGACCUCAUGGUUUGAACAAGUAAUAGAAUACUUCUGUCAUAUGUUGUGAAGCUUAGAAAACAGAAUCAUAGAAUUAUAUUUAGAACUUGUAAUGCAGACUUGCAUUACUGAUCUAGUUUGGUAGAAGUACAUGUUCAGCUGAUGAGAAUGUCAAACUACUGCUGCUCACAAAAACGAUUGCUACUCACAAAAAAAAUAAUGUGAAUCGAUCCCCAAAAUUCUCUACAUUUUUUUAUAGUUAGAGGAUUGUGUGGAUCCUAUGUGUUUGAUGACUGAUUUUGCUUUUGUUGUUUCUUAACAUGUUUUAUUUAUCACAGAAUCAUGCUUUCAAAAAAGAUCUUUCAUAUUAUUUUAGAUAUUUAUGACAGUAAAAAAAAAUUAUGUUAUUCAAAUUAUUUCAGGUGCUUGACUUCACAUUUCACAUUAUGUCAAACUUCUUGCUUUCCUUUUUGAUUUUAACUUGCUGAACCCCUAGAUAAGUUGCAUGGAAUACCAUUAAAGACCAUUGUCCUAAACUUAAUAAUAUGUGAUUUCUGAUCUUUCUAAGCACUGAAAAGGCAAUUAUAUGAAAAGAGGAUCUCUUCAGAUGAGGAGGUGAAAUACACCAUGCCUACAGUGCUGAAGAUUUAUUUCAUGUUUUUGAAUUGUUCAUAAAACACAGUGAAAAGUGUAACUGGACAAGGAGGUCUUAAAUUAAAAAAGAAGGAAAGUAAAAAACUAGAAUUCCCAUAGAUUUUUCUAAUUUUGAAUAAUAGGAACAGUCUGAAAACUUUUCAGUCAGCCUGCAUAUAGUAAGCAGUUUCAUAUUAAAUGUAGUGCACACUUUUAAGUACUGUAUAUUACCACAUCUGAAAAUUUGUUCUGCUGAAGGCUAUGCCAUUUCUUUUGUUCUCCUUUUGAAAUAUACUUCUGGAUAUUUAUUUGAGAAUAAUGACUGUUAUUUUCAUCGUGUUUGGAAAUUCCAUAAAUCCAAUUAUCAAAUGGUUUUUAAAGAGGAAGAUAGAUAAAUAUGCUAAUUAUUUAAAGAAUAAUCAUUAAUUUUAUAAUUUUUGUUUUGGAUUAAUUCCUUUAUUGUUCUGAGAUCAUUUUAAGUUAAAAAAAAUAGCAGAUUAAAUUAUUAACAUUUUUACAUAAAUAUAAAUUAAAUAUUGUAUACUAUCUCCCAGAGUUUUUUUAUUAUUAUUAUUAUUAUAUAUUAUUAAACUAGGUAGUCUGAUAAACAGCUGUAUUUCUCUAUUAGAGCUUCCAUUAUGGGGGAAAGUUUUAUUCCGAGCGUGCAAUGUGCCUUGUUAUCUUCAUGUGUAAUAAAUAUUCAUAAUGUGAAUUAAAUUACCUGCAAGCAGCAGUUUCAGAUGUAUACUGAGCUCUUUUUUAAAUAAUCAUGUAAAUUUCAUUGUGCAGGACUGUAAAUAAAAUAAAAUGUUGUAUCAAAUAAAAAGCAAAUUGAAAUAUUAAGUUCAUCACCGUUUAUUUAAUUUUUAAGUUUUAUUAGAAUACAGAUUAAUAACAUAAAUUUGCCAUGUAUGCAAAUUAUUGUUUAUUGUAUUAAAAGAUAAGGAGGAGGGAGCUAGUUCAGCAUUUAACUUGAUUACUGUGCUCUAAAAUUGUAUAUGUUUAAAAACAAAUUUUAAAUGUCUGAGGAAUGAUAAUUAAAAUUUGAUGUAUGAA